AUGACGGUGGGAGCCAGGCUCCGAAGCAAGGCGGCGAGAGGCCUCCCGCGCCGCGGGCCCCGGGGGCGAGCGCGGACGGAGGGGGACGAGGAGGCGGCCGCUCUCCUGGAGCAGCCGGAGCGCGGGGACGAGGCGGCGAGCUGCGCGAACGCGGGGCGCCCGGGCGCCCGGGGCGCGCGCAAGGUGCACCUGGCCGUCCUCCCCGAGCGCUACGAGCCGCUGGAGGAGCCGGCGCCGGGAGAGAAGCCCAAGAGGAGGUACCAGCAGAAGCUGAAGAAGUACGGCAAGAAUGUUGGGAAGGUCAUCACCAAAGGGUGCCGCUAUGUUGUCAUCGGCCUGCAGGGCUUCGCCGCGGCCUACUCCGCCCCAUUCGGGGUAGCCACCAGCGUGGUCUCGUUCGUCCGCUAG